AUGGAGUCUACCACUUCUCUUUCUUCCUCGUCAUGGCAGCAAGACUAUCGAUAUCCAAUCUACGGCGAUCCAUUGUGGUCGGCCCAGGGUGGUGGAGGUACAGUAGAUGUCGAAAAUCUGAAGAGUUUUGGGGCUAUGGGCAUAUCGCCUUCCUUAUUGGCAAACAUCCAAGAAGCAGAUGAGACAGGACAACCAAAACAGAAAGACAAACUAUCCCAACUACAAGGAAGCUAUGAUCCCGAAAAUCCUCCCCAUUUGAAUACUAGUCCUUUCAGUACUUGCAGUGAUGCCGGUGACGGUGGUGACGGUGGUGAAGAAGGAGACGAAGAAACAGGUCCUGCAUUUUGGAAUCGAUUCGAUCACGAGAAGAGCGAUACACGAUCUAUCCCUAUCCCACCCAUCACCGUCGUUCCCCGUAGUAACUUUUCUAUGACCAGCACCACCUGCGGCCGUCCAGUAAGGGGUGAACAGUCUUCCAGAUCCAGCCCUGCCUCUACCGCCACCACCACCACCACCGCCACUUCAACCAAGCGUACAAAUAGCACAAGCAAACCAAAAGGAGUCACCUCAGCUGGCGUCCAAAAAUCGCGAGGCGUCAAUGCCAGCCGCCGGUCAGAGAUUGAUGAUAUGAUCUCACGCGUGAUGAGCCGGUAUAAUAACAGUUUGCAAGCGUUGACGGCGAAAGCGGACAAGACGCAGGAAGAGAAAGAAGUGAGGCGCAUUCUCGGGAACCGAGACGCAGUCCUCCUCUCCCGCCGCAAAAAGAACGAAACCAUCACCUCCCUCCAAUCAGCCAACGACGCCCUCUCCCUCGAACUGUCCCAAAGCCAACAAUCCGUCCAGGCGCUCACAAGGUUGAACGAGGUGCAGGAGACGAGGAUGAGGCUGUUGGAGGAGAGGGUGAGGUUUGUGGAAGGGUUUUUGGGGGGUGGGGAUGGUUCGUGGAGGGUGGGGGCGGGGGCGGGGCAUGGGAUGGGGAGUGCUGGUGGCGCUGCUGCUGCUGCUGCGACGGUGGGGGAUGGGGGAGAGUUGUGGUCUUCGACGAGCGGGGUUUCAGAUGUCCCGGCGGACCUUUUCUCUUGGACAGAUCCAGUACCAGAGCUUAAAGAUGAUAAGUAG